CAAAACUAGACUGAGAAAAAGCUCUUGCGUUUUUGAGAGCUAAUCAAAUCAUGGCGUUCCUGCUCAAGAGUUCGGUCGCUCCACAUUUCCGUCAGACGGCGAGGAACGACUCGCUUUCCCUCACGCGCCGCCAGUACCACGUCGAACCCGGGGCUCGCGAGAAAGCUCUCUUGGCAGCGGAUCCGUCUCUGAGACGAUUCAAGUCGCAUAAGCAGGGGGUGUUGGCAAUCAAAAGGCUUAGGAAGGUUCUAACAGUCGCUGUAGUUGCCGGUUUCUGCUAUGAAAUAUACGUAAAAGUAAUGAUGCCGGAGGAGGCUAGGGCACAAGCAUAGGCUUGAGGCCUAAACACGCGUGUAUUUCAAUGGUGUUUAAUCUUGUAUGGAAACAAUAGCAGAACUUUAUAGUUCUAAAUGUGGUAAUAAGCAGAGAACAGUUUGACCUGAUAGUUAUUGAUAUACCUGUUGUUGAUUCUUUUUAGGUUUUACUUAAUAAAUCUAUUUGGCAUUUUCUCUGAAUAAUUUCAAUGAAAGCAGUGGUGCAUUAUCCGGUUUUUAUUGAA